AUGUAUAUAUGGCCGGAUGGCUUACCUCAGCCAAGCAAAUCUGAACAAUUUAAUAAUAGAGAGUAUCUCAAGGAAACAAAUUAUGAUUUAGUAGCCUUAGAAGACGUCGUAAGAAACAAUGAAGAAUCUCUGAAUGACGAACAAAAGUUUGCUUACAAUCAAAUUAUUACAAGUGUUAAUAAUAAUGAGGGUCGAGUAUACUUUUUAGAUGCUCCAGGUGGAACUAGAAAAACUUUCUUAAUCAAUUUGAUUUUAGCGAAAGUUAGAAGUACUUGCGACAUUGCCUUAGCUGUAGUAUCUUCUGGAAUCGCAGCAAAACUGCUCGAGGGUGGUCGAACGGCCAAUGCUACCUUCAAAUUACCACUCAAUCUAACAACUUCGGCCACUCCCUUUUGUAAUAUAUCAAAACAAAGUAAUUUUGCGGAAGUUUUAAAAGAUACAAAAUUAAUAGUGUGGGACGAAAUUAUAAUGGCGCAUAAGAGUGGUGUUGAGGCUUUAAAUAGAUCUCUAAAGGAUAUAAGGGAAAAUAAAAGGUUAAUGGGUGGUGUAACGGUUUUACUGGCUGGAGACUUUAGGCAGACUCUACCAGUAGUACCAAAAGAAACCAGAACUGAUGAAGUCUAG